UGCGAGUCAAACUGACCUGCCUGUUAUCGGUGAAACAAUGAUGUGUAUCUUCUCGUCCCUUCAUGGUGAUAACGGAGUAAGAUGGAAACGUGAGGACACUUUCGUUGCGUAUGAACACUGCAACACCACUACGAAACAAUGUCAACCUGUUGUGUGCUUAAUCCAACAAAGUACAUGUUCACAGUAGAUGACCACAGCACAUCGCUUACUAUAAUCAAUUUGACUACGUUUGACAAUGGACAAUAUACUUGUAUCGUAUUAACUUUGACGACAGCCCUUUCUUCUAAUACGACGUUAACAGUACUAAAUGCAGUCCCACCAAAUGCGGUCAUCAUCGUUGAUAGUCUGAAUCAAGUCGAUUAUCAAGACAACCAAACCGUUUUGAUGACAGUCAGCGAACAGCUCAACGUCACAUGCACAGUACAAGGGACACGCCCACCGGCUCUUAUUGAAUGGAGCAACGAUAUUGAACGUAUCCAGGUCAUGGAUCAGAUCAAUGAUGUUCAAGGAAAAAGCUACGCAUCUCACAGGGUAGCAACCAUCACCCCUUCUAAAGAUGAUCAUAACAAAUUACUUCGUUGUCAGGCAUUUCAUCGUGAACUUCGAAAUGUACUUCAGUCAGCCUUCUCUCUUUUCAUUCAAGUCCUGCCAAGAGAGUUACAGAUUACAUAUUCGCGAACCAUAACAAACCAAACUGGAACGAACACUCUCAUCGUUUUUGAAAAUGUUCCAGUAAUUAUUUCCUGUCGCGCUUUCUGGUGGUAUCACAUCUACCAGUAG